GGAAAAUCUAGCAACUUCACCCAGAAUUUCUCUAGGAUUUCUUUCGGAAAUUGUAUCAGAAAUUCUUACCGAGAUUACUUCAAAAACUCCUUGCAACAAUCCGUAAGAAAUCCUACAAGAUCCCUGACAAGAAUUUCAUUCAGUACUCUUCUAAAAGCUUCUCCGAGAUCUCUCCAGGAAUUUCUUCCGGUUUUUUUGGGAGCUACUUCUGAUUCACGUAUUCCUUCUGGGAUUCCUACAAUAAUUUCACCGGGUAAUUUUUCUGGGAUUUUUCCAGGGUUCUUUCAGAAAUUCCAUCCGGGAUUCCUCCGGGAACUUCUUCUUGCCGCCCGCCUAUCAACAGUUUCACGUCCACUUAUCAUGAUGUCUUCUACAGGCGAAACAAUCGCAUGCAACCACAGAGACACUGUUGCUGUUGAUUGGCGGCAUUUGGACUUCUAUCGAGAUGUGGUAUCACAAGACCUAGGCCUUCCGGAGGAUGAAAUCUGUUUGCGCAAUCUGAGUGUGACUAAUGCCACCGAUGGCCAAUCAGGUUUCACAUCCCUGCUGCACCGCGUUCUGGUGGAUGUCCAGCUGAAGAAUGGGGAAUGUGUGCAAAGAUCGUAUGUUGUCAAGGAAAACUCCAACGAUGCGAUUGGUGGAAAUGUGGAGGAAAAUUUGGCUUUGUUCGAAAAGGAGAUAGAAGUUUUCCAGAAGUUGAUUCCGGAGUUCGAAAAACUUUUUCAACACAAGGUCAAAUUUGGCCCCAGAUUCCACAAAGCAGUUAAAAGUCCUUCCACAGUGAUAGUAAUGGAAGAUCUCAACGCAUCUGGAUAUAUUAUGAGAAGCAGUAGCAAUCGGUUAAAUUUGUCGGACAGUAGAGCAGUGUUGUCUAGACUGGCCAAAUUCCAUGCCGCAUCUGCUGUGUACACAAAACAAAAUGAGUUGUAUUCGAAGUUCUUCGGAAGUGGUAUGUUUGAUGGAGAUACAGCAAGCGGCGCCGAGACUUACCUAACGAACUUGAUCAAGUCCUACGUUACAAGUUUGAGAGAACGUAACUGUUGCAAUGAAUUCUUGGAUUUGAUAAGUCAAUGGAACAAAAACCUGUAUGUGGUUGGAGCUGAAUUAUUUCGCUUGAAUGACAAAGACUUCAAUGUUCUGAAUCAUGGUGACCUCUGGAUGAACAAUAUGAUGUUUAGUGAAAGUGAUUUGCUGAUGAUCGACUUCCAGAUUGCCUUCUAUGGAAGUUUCUCAUUCGACUUAUUGCAGUUUAUCCUAUGCACGGUCGAAGUAGAUGCCAUAGUCAACAAGUUUGAUGAACUUAUUGAAUUUUACUACCAAGAGCUUCAAGAUGCUUUCCGAAUACUGGAUCAAACCACAUUGUUACCAUCGUUGGAAAACUUGACAGCAGACAUCGAUAGGCAUGGAUUUUUCGCAGCAAUUCUAUUGGUAGAGGCAAUUCCAUUGAUGUCCUACAUGACGGUGGGGCAAUUAAACAUGGACCUUAUGUCUUCUUCAGAGUUGGAAGGUGCGGAAUUCAGAAGAAAAUUAUAUCACAAUGAUAUAUUUGUAGAUGUUGUAGACCGAUUGCUUCCAUUUCUAUUUGAACGUGGAUAUCUAAAAUACUCAGUGAAUGUGUAGAUUCUGUAGAACGAAAAUAUAUUCAAGCUUAACAAAACA